GCUUAGACCACUGGAGUCGCACACAACCCUUGAAAAGACACUGAAACCCUAUACAGCUAAAGGAACACUGACCUACAGGCUGACGUCUGUGAGGGCAUUCCUGCACCAGCCAUCUGAACGAGUGCAGCGCAGCAAUCUGACCCUGCUUACUUCUCUCACCAAGAUGAACUUCAAUUGACCUACCCACUAAAGCAUCGAAGAAAAGCUCUUGGUAUUUCGCUACAGUCGAUUUCUAUAGACCACCUGAUAGCCUUGAAAAAUGGGGUUUACUACUCGUGUCGCCAUGCAUUGGAGUAUGCAAUCACGCAGAUGCUUGGAAGUAAGAACAGUUCGUCACAACAGGCGUGAUUUGGCGUACCUUCGACAUAGUCUCUCCCCUCGCUUUAUUUCGGGCUAUUAUACUUGGCAGAGGUCUGCCCUUCUUGCUACACCCCAGCCCACUACACAAGCAGGAUCGGCAUUAAGAAGGUUCAAUUCUCACAUACCGUACACAUCACCAUCAGCUACCAAAUCACCCGAUACAGCAGAACCGGCCUCGGUAACUCAUUACACUCCACCUAAGACAGGACUUGUUGCCUCUCUUCCUCAGUCUUGGAUACCGUACGCCGAACUGAUACGCCUUGACAACCCUACUGGCACAUACUAUCUUUUCUUCCCAUGCGCAUUCUCGACACUUCUCGCGGCGCCAAUGACACCGUCGACCCCUUUUCAAGUUCUUGGGACGAUGGGGCUGUUUCUAGCGGGAGCUUUGGUCAUGCGAGGUGCGGGUUGUACAAUCAAUGAUUUGUGGGAUAGGAAUUUGGAUCCACAUGUUGAACGCACCAAAUUUCGGCCGAUCGCUAGAAGGGCAGUCUCCCCGCGCAAAGCUGUAGUGUUCACUGGGAUGCAGUUGCUGGCGGGAUUGGGCAUUCUUCUUCAGUUCCCAACGCUGUGUCUUUGGUAUGGGAUACCUAGUCUGCUUCUUGUGACGACUUACCCCCUUGCAAAGCGCAUCACGUACUACCCGCAAGCCGUUCUGGGCCUAACAUUUUCAUGGGGUGCGAUGAUGGGGUUUCCUGCGCUGGGCAUAGAUCUUCUCAGCAACAAUUCUGCCUUGGAGUCAGCAGCAGCACUCUAUUCUAGCUGUAUCGCUUGGACAAUCCUGUACGAUAUGAUCUACGCCCAUAUGGACAUAAAAGAUGAUGUAGCGGCAGGUAUCAAGUCUAUCGCUCUUCGUCAUGAACACAAUACAAAAACUGUUCUUUCUGCUCUAGCAGUUGUCCAAGUGGCAUUGCUUGCUGCAGCGGGCGUGUCGGCUGGCGCUGGUCCUAUCUUCUUUAUUGGCAGCUGUGGUAGCGCGGCUCUUUCUCUUGGAAUUAUGAUAUGGAGGGUUCAGCUAAAAAAUGUCCAGAAUUGCUGGUGGUGGUUCAAGAAUGGUUGUUUGCUCACUGGAGGUGGCAUUACCAUGGGUAUGUUGUUUGACUAUAUAGCGCGUGCGACUGGUUUGGGCGGGAAGGAUACAAGAUCACCCCAAGUGAUCACAGACGCAACUCCUAAAUCCAAUGGAGAGCUCAGCUGAUCGGCCAAUAUUGUAGCAUUAGAUUAUUGUGUUUAGACAUAUCUAGGACCUUGCUCUCAAUGCGGCAAGGGAAGGAAAUCCCCAGCUCAAAUUAAGUCUAUACUUAACACUCGGUGUUAGUAUCUUGCUUGCGUCACUCACUUGUCGGUCUCACAGCACGCUUCGUGAGUCUCCAAUAACCUAGUCACCGGGUCUUGCGUAUUCUUGGAGCGAAGAGGCUCCUCGUAGUGAGCGGUCUACCACCUGAUCCACUUGCGAUCAUCCUCUUGUUUCCGAUAAGCCGGAUUAUUUAUCGUUCCUAUUACCAUCGAAUCCUUGGCCAUAAUGAGAUGGCUAGACAGCCGCGGACUCGGGCAGGGUGCUACUACUGUAU